GGCUUAUGGGUAAGGGGAAGAAGAGGAAGGCCAAGGCGGCCGAGGCAGCGCCUGAUCCCGGUGAAGAUGAGGCUGCGCAGGUUCCAGAGGAGGCGCCAGCGCCCAAGAGAACGCUCACAGGAUUGAAGGAUCCGCAGGAGCCACAGCAGCCGGGAUUCAGGAACAAGGAGAAAACGCUGGUUGUUUGCUCCCGGAGCAUCAUCUAUCGGUAUCGGCAUCUCAUGAUGGACCUGAUUGGAUUGAUGCCGCACAGUAAGAAGGAUGUGAAGCUUCAAGCCAAGGAUAACAAAAAUGGGACUUUGAAUGAGAUUGCCGAGCUUCGAGGAUGCACGAGCUGUUUGUACUUCGAGUGCAGGAAAAGACAGGAUUUGUAUCUGUGGAUGACUAAGUUUCCUGGCGGACCAUCUAUCAAGUUCUUAGUGAACGCGGUGCACACUAUGGCGGAGCUAAAACUUACAGGCAACCAUUUGAAAGGAUCUCGUCCUAUACUGACGUUCUCAUCGAGUUUCGACAAGCAGCCCCACUUAAGGCUGAUAAAGGAGAUGUUCAUCCAAAUCUUUGGUACUCCUAAAGACCACAGGAAGAGCAAGCCUUUCUUUGAUCACGUUCUGUCAUUCACUGUGCUAGACAAGCAUAUCUGGUUUCGAAACUACCAAAUAUCUGUGCCACACCAUGAUUCCGACAAGCUCGACCGAGCGUCUGCCGAGAAGAUGACUCUGAUUGAGGUCGGGCCAAGGUUUUGUCUGAAUCCCAUCAAGAUCUUCAGUGCUAGCAUGGGUGGGAAGCCGCUGUACGAGAAUCCCUUCUACACGGCUCCAAACAUGGUUCGUUCGCUCAUCAAGCGAAAAGAUGCCAAGUAUAAGAUGAAAGUCAAGGCCAGGAACUCUAGAAAAGCUCACGUAGAGGCAAACGCGCUAGAACCGAGCGAAUUUGCCCAUAUGUGGCGUGAGUAAGAUCUUAUCUUGACAACUUAAGCCAUUGAUAAUUUUGAUACCGGUAAA